UGUGUACAUAUGUAUAUCCUCACACAUAUAUCAUAUAAUUUCUAAAAAAGGGUAAAGUUUGGUCUGAAGUUGCAUUACUAAGUCACAGAUGUUUCCUGUAACUGGAUACAUAUGCUUCAUAGGAAUUUUGAACUGCUUUCUGAUGUUUAGCUUUGUUCAUUACUGAUCAUGUGGAUAAUUUCAUUUUGAGGUUUUCUAGUCUUGUUUACAGAGCAUGGAAAAAGUAGCUGUAGUGAAAAAUAUUGCUCUCCCUAACCUAGCAUUAAUAUGAUUUCAGGCUGUGUUUGUCUAUGUGAAGGUGAAGGAAUAAAAUCUACAGAGAUGAUGUUUAUAUUUAGCUGAAUUAGUCCUAUAUGUUCUUCUUGUGCCUCUUUUAUAAAACUAAACAGCUUGGCAGGGUAAUGACCAAAAACAUGUCCUCAAGGAGUGAUUGCCAAAUGUGUGAAAAGCAGUCCAGACUUUCUCCAUUUUGAAGUUUUAAAAAUGUACUUUUACCUAAGAGUUUAAUGCUAUAACCCAGAUAUUUAUUUUCUUCUUUUUCCCUUCUUUCCUUUUCUUACCAACUGAAAGAGAAAAAAAAAAUAUGUGUUAUCUGGCAAAGAAACUAGAAAUCUGAAUUAUGGAAUUUGUGGGAGUAUAUUUUAAACCAUCUUGUUUUGUUGACUGUUUAGCCAGAAGCAACUAGAUGACUAUAAUAUAUGUUGCUGCUGUUUAUUUAUUGGCAUAUUUGAAUCCUGUAGAGAGUGUGGCUUGGUUUCAAUUUAAACUUAGUAACUGUUGAACCAGUACAAGUCCAUUUUCUAGUAUUGCAAAAGCAUAAUGUAAAGGUAGGACCCAAAAAUGUAUAUUGGAGUCUCAUUUGUAUAAGUAAAUAGACAGGUCAACUCUUCAGAAAUUUCUCCCUAAAAACAUUGAAGUUUUCUGAACACUAAUUUCAUAUAACUCUUGGUUUGUCUGUGGUAUUAGGAAAUGAGUUAACAAUCAUGAAAGAGAAACUUAAUAAAAAAUCUCAUCCAAGAAAUGUGUAGGCAAAAAAAGAAAAAGGUAGGUUGGUUUAAUUAAUAACUAUUAGCAUGUAUGCUCUUUUAUUAGCUUUGCAAUGCCAAGAGAAAUUAAGGAAGUUACUCCAUGUAUUGGAUGAACCCUCUGGCAAAAUUGUGAGAGGAUAUAGGCAGAACUGAGUAAGAUAGGUAGGCAUGUGUUGGCUGUUAUUUGCAUUAUUAGAAAGAAUGUUGACAUUAAGAUCAGAGAUCCACUUGAGUAUUUUGAAUGUCAGGGAUCUAAGACAUCUAGGAAAAAUGAGGAAAAUUUUAAUAUCCCUCAGAUUUGGGAUGUAACCAGUAAUAAAGUUGAAAUUUUCAGAAUGUUAAAACUGUGUUAUCACCAAAAAGUCAGUAGUGAAAAAUAUCCUCAUUUUAUAGAAUAAGAAAUUGGGGACUAGUAUUACCUUAUUAGAAUAUCCAGAAAUACUUCAAGGAUCUGUUAUUUUGAUAAAUAACACACUCCACAGUUUAGUAUUUAGAAGUCUCCAGGAGUUGCUUUAGCCAUAAUUAAUUAGCUUCUGACCAAGCUGAUCUUGCUCUUUUGUUCAUGUUUAUUCUAGAGUUAUGGCCUGGAUUUGAAUACUUCAUAUUAAAUAAGGCCAAAAUUUCUAGAAAGAAUAGUGCUGUUGUUUAUUUGUUUUUUGCUUUUCAGUUUCUGCACAUCAAUUUUGAGCUACCUCUCUGAAUACAGGAAAUGACAUAAGGAAAGAAAGAAGUAUACUGUAGUGGAAAUUGCAUUAGAUUUUGAAUGAGAAAACCUCUAUGUUCAAAUCCUUACUCUGCUUCCUUGAGCAUGUCAUUUAAGGUGGUCUAUUUGCCUACUUGUGGAAUGAAGAAGUUGAAUUUAGAAACCUCUAAGGUGUUUUCAAAAGCUCUUGUGGAUUUAAUUUUCAUCUCUAUACUGAUGACUCUCAAAUCUGCUGAUUCAGCCCUAUAUUCUCUGAUAACUUCCAGGAUCUCCAUCUCCUGAUUGUGUAUUUCAAACUGCAUGUCCUUAAAUUCAACACUUCUAAAAUUGAAUUUGUUAUUUUUCCCUCAAAAAACUACUUCCCUUCCAAUCUUCCCUAUUACUUCCAAUGGCACCAUUAUCACUUCAGGUUACCUAGUCUGUCUUCCAUUUAUCUGUCAAAGUGAUCUUCCUGAAGCACAGGUCUGAAGAUGUCACCCCUUUUCAACCGAAAAAACUUCAGUGACUCCCAGUCAGUAUUUAUAAUCAUCUGCUAUAUGCCAGUCAGAAUGCUAAAAGUUAGGGAAACAAAAAGAGGCAAAAAAGGCUCCAUACACUCAAGGAACUCCCAUUUGGUAGAGAAGAAAAUAAACAAACAAGCAUCAUAGAGAAUAAAUAGGAAGUAAUUAGCAGAGAAAAUGAAUUCAAAUUAAGAGAGAUUAGGAAAAGCUUCCUGUAAAAAUUGGGGUUUAAAUUGGAACUUGGGGGACCAGGGAAAUUAGGAGGUAGCAUUGAUGAGGAAGAACAUUCUGAGGAUGAAGGAUAGUCAGAGAAAAUGCCUGGAAUGAAGAGAUGGGCUAUCUUAUUCAUAGAACAGCAAGGAGGCCGUUUCACAGGAUACUAGAAUCCAGUAAGUAAGAGAAUAAGGUAUAAGAAGACUGGAAAGGUGAGAGGGUUCUAGAUUAGGAAGGGUUUUGAAUGCCAAAUAAGACUUGAUGUCCUUAUAUCAAUAUACAGGGUGUCUGACUAUGGUUAAUCAGACCAGUACAAGCUUGCAAGGCUCUACUUGACAUAAGUCAAGGAACAAAUAAUCUAUAUGAGUGAUUUCCAGUUUCUGGAAAGUAUAUUGCUAAUGUAAAUGAAUUUAUUCAUAGAAUUCAAAAAUUUCCCUAAUUGCUAUUUAAUGUUUCCAUAUAUGGUUAGUGUGGUGCUGGAUGGUGGAGAAUCUGUUUUCUUGGUGUUAUUUGUCAGACCAUAAAGUAGCACUGGUAGAAUAGAACUGAUCCAUACUCUCUUGUAAAUCAGCCUCAGAGGUUGCAUUAAAUGCAUUAUCGCACUAUCCUCUGUGAACAAAAAAAUCAUGAACCAACUUUCCCUCUACUUUUGUCUUGACUUUGUAACCUUUUCAAGUUAAAUAAUUUAUUAUCAAUGCAGUCGCUGAUCUUGAUGCUAUUUUCUUCCUUAUAGAAUGUUUCCUACAACGUUGUUGAAAACAUAAUGCUGAAGAGCAUUAUGGGAGCAAGCACAGAGUCCUGCUUCACUCCACUGAUAAUUGAGAAAGUGUGAGAGCAUCAUCCAUGAUGUACGGUACAGUGUUGUACAGUGCUAUUGCACUCACAUUUUGCCAUAAUUGUCUACAAGCCCUUAUGACUAAUAGACAAAGUGAUAUAAGUUGUAUACAGACCUCUAUUCUUCUCUGGGCAUUUCUUCUGGAGUUUUGGGGCAGCAGAGACCAUAUCAACCAUCCCUUGGCCCUUUCUGAAGUCACAGAAAGGCUCUGGCUCUCAGGAGUCAUUGCUUAAUGAAUUGUGACUAAGGAUCCAACCCUUCAUUUUUAUAUUGAUGAUGGAACCUUUGGAGAUGGAACCCACAAAGAACAAACUCACCUUUGGGUGUCAGAGAAGUUCAACAUCUGAUGAUGAUUCAGGCUAUGCCUUGGAAGAGUAUGCCUGGGUUCCACCAGGUCUUAAGCUAGAAGAGGUCCAGCUUUAUUUUGCUUGUUUACCAGAAGAUAAAGUUCCUUAUAUUAACAGCCCUGGGGAGAAACAUCGGAUUAAACAGCUUUUGUACCAAUUGCCUCCACAUGAUAAUGAGGUGAGAUAUUGCCAAUCUCUGAGUGAAGAAGAAAAGAAGGAAUUGCAGAUGUUCAGUGUUCAGCGUAAGAAAGAGUCACUUGGAAGAGGAACUAUUAAACUUCUUUCCAGAGGACUAAUGCAUACAGUCUGUGAACAGUGUGGAAUGAAGAUAAAUGCAGGCAAAAUUGUGGUAUUUGCCUCUCGAGCUGGGCCUGGAGCAUGGUGGCAUCCUUCCUGUUUUGUCUGCUUUACAUGUAAUGAGCUGCUAGUUGAUCUCAUCUAUUUUUACCAAGAUGGAAAAAUUUACUGUGGGAGACACCAUGCUGAACUGCUCAAACCACGUUGCUCAGCUUGUGAUGAGAUAAUUUUUGCUGAUGAGUGCACAGAAGCCGAAUGUCGCCACUGGCACAUGAAACACUUCUGUUGCCUUGAAUGUGAAACUGUCCUUGGUGGACAAAGGUAUAUUAUGAAGGAUGGCCAUCCAUUCUGCUGUGGUUGUUUUGAAUCUCUGUAUGCAGAAUACUGUGAGACCUGUGGAGAGCACAUAGGUGUUGACCAUGCUCAAAUGACCUACAAUGGACAACACUGGCAUGCCACAGAAGCUUGCUUUUCCUGUGCACAGUGUAAAAUUCCUCUGUUGGGUUGUCCAUUCCUUCCCAAACAAGGGCAGAUCUAUUGCUCAAAAACCUGUAGCCUUGGGGAAGAUAUUCAUGCCUCAGAUUCCUCAGACUCUGCAUUUCAGUCUGCACGAUCAAGAGACUCUCGGAGAAGCAUCCGUGUUGGGAAGAGUAGUCAGUCAACGGACCAGUGCAGACAAUCUCUGCUUCUGUCCACUGCCCUCAACUACAAGUACCUCAACCUUUCUGACAAUGCCGAGGACCUUCUUUCUCAUAAACUGGAUGAUCUGAGCCUCUCACAUCAAGGUGUGAAUUUUGUCAAUAAAGAGUUUUGGAAAAGUGAAGGAGACCAGGAACUGCCAGAAGAUACCGAAGAAUGGGCAGAGCAUGAAGACUAUAUGACGCACCUGCUUCUCAAAUAUGGCGAUAAAGGUCUCUUUCAACAGCCUAGUGAAAUGGACGUUCAGUCCAGUGAGCACUGGGUAGCUAAUGACAUGGUUACAAAUAAGACUGAUUUAAAUAAACAAAAUCUAGUCAACCAAAAAUACCAAUCAGAGGUGUAUUGGUCACAGUCACAAGAUGGAUUGGAUGAUUCUGCUUAUGGAAGUCACCCAGGUCCUGUUGGCAAUAGAAAGCUCCAAGAAUUGGACAUGGAACAUGGAGCUUCUGGAUACAAUCAUGAUCAAAUACAUUGGUAUGAAGAUUCUGUGGAGUGUUUAUCUGACUUGAAAAAUGAACAAAGUGUUCUGGACUCUAUGGAUUCCUUAGCCUUAUCUAAUAUUACAGGGACUUCAGUAGAUGAAGAAAACAAGUCAAGACCUUCAUUAUAUUCUCUACAAAACUUCCAGGAAAUAGAAAAAGAGGAGUGUGAGAAAAUGAGUGAUAUGGGCACUUUAAAUUCUUCUCCACUCCAUAGAAAUGCUGAAUUCUUAAAGAGCCUAAGUUCUGAAUUAUGUCCAGAAAAUAUAUUAGCCAAAGAGAAACAAGUACACCUCCCAAUACUGAGAAGAUCUAAGUCUCAGUCUCGACCACAAGUUAAAUUUUCAGAUGAUGUUAUUUACAAUAAAAACCAUGGCAAUAUUGAAAUCAACCAACCACCAAUGAGUGAAAGGACUAGAAGAAGAGUUUAUCAUUUUGAGGAAUGGGGACCCCGGCCUCAUUCUCAUUGCCACAGAAGAAGUAGGAAAUCUUGCUCAGACAAUGCACUGAACGUCACUACAGAAAAAAAGUACUCUCCUAAAGAGAAGCACUGGCCUUACUCUCCAGAUAACUAUGGGAAAUUUAAUCAAAAUAAACACGCUCACGAGCUCCAAGCUUAUGUACAAAAUGCUGAGCUCUAUGGACAAUAUGUUCAUGCUACUUCAGAUUAUGCGCCACAGAAUCAAGUAGUUGAUAAAUUUAUUAAAUUUUAUGGUGACGAUGAUUCUUUAUGUUCAACUUCUUCUUCUGAUUCAGAAGAAGAAGGAUACUUUCUUGGGCAACCUAUUCCUAAACCACGGCUGCAGAGACGUGCGUGCUAUACAGAUGACCUCUCCAGUCCAACAUCGGAGCUACUUAAUACUCAAAUUGGGCAAAGGACAACAAACUCCAAAAAGAAAAAGGGACACAAAGGCAAGAAUUGUAUUAUUUCUUAACUCUGUAGUUAUGGAGACCAUGCUAGCUGUGUAGCUAGCAGGUGGUUUUAAAUGCUUUGCCAACACAAAUGAUGACCCAACUGCUAAAGAAUGUCAUACACAUUUUAAAAGGUACAGGUUGUCCAGCUCCAUUCCUUGGAUGUUACUGAGUUUAUGAGUUGUGUCCAUUAAAUACACUGCAGGUUUUUCUAUUCAGAAUAAAACAAACAUGGUAUUUGAACCUACUAUGAAACAGGCUUUAAUUUUAAAAGCUGGAGAAAUACAGCCACUUUUGUGAAAUAGUAGUUUUCUUUUUCUUUAGAGUAAUCCUUGGCUUAGAUCUUAUUUUGGUUUGUUUUAUUGUGAAGUAUGCACAUUGUUAGAACUGAUAGAGAAAAAAUGAUGCAGUAUAUUGUACAAGCCCAACUUGGACUUUUUUGACACUUAGCCCAUGUUACCAUUGUAUUGUGUUAAAUACAACCACCAAAUGAGAAAACAUUGCUAUUUAUGAUGUAUUUCAGAAACUUAAGUGUAUCCCUAAUUUAAUACUACAAAUGUUAAUGUAUAUAUUAUACAGUUCAUAUUUUAAAACUGAUAUUUUUAUAUUCCUGAAUCAUAAGACGUCUACUGUGCUACUGUCAACAACAUCACAGGACUCAUGUGAAACCAGGUUUAUUAUAAGAGAAAUAUACAUGCAUGUGGAACCCAAAGAGUUCACAGUCUUUAUAGAAGUUGGUAUAUUUAUGAUGUUAUGACAAAAAGAGGAGGAGAAGACAGAAAGGGUAUGGCAUGGGAGGGGGAAGGUGCAAUAACCUCUCUUGAAGGGGAGGAACAAGACAAUGGAAUAUUCUUUUUCCUUGGAACCACUAGACUAGACAGGAGGGUCUGCUUAUCUGCAAAGGACCCCAGCUACACAAGCAUUUUUCCCAGCCUGGCACAGACUGGCUGAUGCCUGUCUUGCCUCCCAAAGACACACAGGGAAUUCAGCUUGGGAUGCAAACAACAAAUUAUGUUAGCUGGGGGAGCUUCAUCCUUGAUACAUUCAGGGCCUCCUGCAUAUUUUGGGUCCAGUGUUUUGGGAAAACAUGGCAACACAAAAAAAGCAAUAGUUCUUAACACUACAAAACUAGAUUUGUUAGGAAACUAGCAGUAGCAUUAUGGAUUAAGUGAAUGUAUUCAGGGUUUAAAGUUGAGAUAGUUAAAUUUGUAAUAUUAAUUUUUUUUAAGUUUCAGUAUUAAAAAGAUUCUGUAUGCAUGGCAGGGCUUAGUAAAUACUCUUUAACCAUAACACAUUUAAUCUUACAAGUAUUAUUUAUGGGCCAAGCAAUGUAAACUGUACAAAUGUAAAAGCAAUUUUUAAAAAAUACUCUUGAAAAUAUAUCAGUAAAAAACAAACUGAAGUUGUUUGGGAUGAUUUUUUUAAUAUAAUUCUCAUGUAGUGGGCAUUUUACUGGCUAUAACAACACUGCUUCCUUUGUUAUAACAAGCUAAGUCCUUAUUGUUUAUGUUGUAGUUAAGUUUGUAUCUAAGAUUAUAUUAAGAUUCCUCACUAAUAUAGAUUUACUGUCUCUUCCUAUAACUCAUUUAACUUUUCCUUUUAAGUAUUUAAAUGACAUGCCAUUUCAUAUAACAUUAAGUACUUUAAAAAUAAGUUUUCUGGUUUUUUAUAUCAUCAUAGCUUUCCUUAGUAUCCCUCUCUCCUCCCACUCCAGAGAACAAUCUCAUAGAACAAAUAGUACCAAAGAAAGAAAGAGAAAGAAAAGAUAGAGGGAAAAAUCAGCACCUCCAAUAUAUUGAAAACAUGCAAUGUAUAACAUUCUUAGACUUCCCAAUUCCACAAAAGUAUGGCUUGGUAUUAUCCGUUCAUGUUUUCUUUUGAAUCAUGCUUGAGCUUUAUGAUUUUGCUACAUUCAUUUUUAAAUUUUUUUAUGUGUAAUGAUUUCUUUCCAUUUACAUUGAUAUAGUCAUAUAUAUUUUACUCUAUCUCAGCUCAUGUAGCUCAUUCAAUGCUUCUCUUUAUUCAUCAUAUUCAUCAUUUUUAUCACAGGUAUGUAACAUUAAAUUCAUGCACCACUGUUAAUCCCUUCCCCAAUUGAUUGAUGGAUAUUUACUUUGAUUCCAAUUUGUUGCAAUCACCAAAAAAGUGUUGUUUUAGGUAUCUGGUGUUAUAUGGGGAUUUUAUUGGGCUUAAAAAAAUUUUUUUUUUCCAAAGGCUUCCUUGGGAUGUUUAAAGGAUAUGAACAUUUUCAUCAAUUCCUUUUCAUAUAGCUUUCCAAAAUAGUUGUACCAUUUUAUGGCUCUAAAAGCAAUGAAUUAGGAUGCCUAUUAUCCCAAAAACUCCUCCAACACACAACUGCCACUUUUCGUCAUCUUAGCCAAUUUGUAGAUUGUGAGAUGAAACUUAUCUUUGAUUUGCAUUUUUUCUCAUUAUGUUCUGUGUUUUAGAGCAUUCUUUCAUUUGAUUAUGAAUGCUUUGUAAUUCUCAUUUGAAGACUUUUUUUUGUAUCUGUUGACUACUUAUUUCUUGGGGAAUUGCUAAUAGAGAAACAUAUACAUAUACAUCCAUAGGCACACACAAAAUACACAUAAAUAUA